AUGAACGAGAACGCACAAACUCUCGCGGUUGGCCUUGCUCGAUGACAACAUACAUAUACAUACGUAAAGUAUAUGUGUCUACUUUGUGCAUAUUGUACAUGUAAAUAUAAAAUAUCAUCAAGUCAUUUGAUUUUGCGGACUGAUGCAGUUAAAGAAAAAGAAACAAGGUUUUGCACAUGUGCACUGCCUUUUUUUCUAUGAAAUGUAUAACGCGACACUCGUGUGAGUGCUCGGUCUUAUGAUAUGUGAUAUGUUCGAUUACAAAGUUGGUAUUGCGUACACCCGCUCGCUAAACUGCUAUCAGCACGAUUGUUAUCCGUUGUUAAUUAAUUAAUUUAUUUUAUUUAUUUUUUUUUUUUUAUUAACAAACUGAGCACUAUUGUUCAUAUUUCUUUAAAAAAAAGUAAGAAAAUAUUAUAGCGACUACAACUCAGCAGAGGCUUGUAGGCUCGCCAGAAGAUACGCGACGGGCAUACUUAUGAGCGAAAAAGAAGAAAAAAAAAAAAAAAGAUAAUUUAAGAGCGGAAGAAUAAAAAAAAAAGCCUAACUACAUCGUGCGAUGAGGAGAAGAAGAAGAAGAAGAAGAAGAAGAAGAAGAAAAAAAAAAGAUGCCAAAGUAUCGCACGGGAGGUGAGUAUAGGCAGGAAGGAAAGAAAGAAUCCGUGCGCGGCGCUACUUUUGUAAGAACGGCAUGGUAUAUUAUGGGUAGCGUGCGGCGUUCAAGGCAGCGGCUAUGUCGGAGUUGUUGGUAGUAGCUAAGCGCCAGCCUUCGGGGCAGGAUGUGCGAUUUUCUGCGCCAGACUGGAACACCAGAACAUUGUUGUAUAACAGCGUGAAAGACCGUUGGUAAAAUGUGCUCAGCGAUGACUACAUUGGCGACGGCGAUGAUAAGCGGUUGCUCGCCGGGGGCGAUAAGGAACCGCUGCGGCGUCGAGCAGCGCAGAGCGGCCGUGAGGCUGCAUCUGAUACCGCGGACUUUGUAGUUUUAGUGCGAUUGCAAAGUGACAUACAAGUACUCUCGUUAUGUGUGCUUGGACACCUGUACCCAACAAGUAAUAGUUUUUCGAUUGUCUGUUCAAGUGAAAAAAAAAAACAACAACAACAACAAUUUUUGUAAUUAUUCAUUAGAACACAGUGAUAUCCGCUCGUAAAUGAAGACCGCGCCAAACGACAACAGGCUUACCACUUUCAGGAGCGCAUCCUCGAAAGGAUCGUGCGACCGAGAGCCGCGAAAGCAACGACUAUGUCUCCAACGGGCCUGAUCCACCGGCCAAAAGACGAUGCAGGUAGAGCGCGAGGAGUCGGUACCCCCGGCCCGGGAGCACCGCUCGUUCUCCACCGGCCAAUUGGAGCGAGUUUCGAGCUCCGCCACCGAUACCACCACGGCCUGGACCAACAACCACAACAACAACGACGACGACAGACAGGACGAUCAUCUUCUUCUCGGGGAAGGUGACGCGAAAAACGGCAGGAGGCCCCGAGUCGUGCAGGCGUCCUUCUCCAGCAGCCAGAGGAGGAUGGCCAGGAGAAGCUCCUCGGCCGGGCUUGCUUCCAAGCGCAACAACAGCAGGAUCAGCUUCCGCGUCGAGUCGAGUGCCCUGCUCAAUAGGUACAAACAGACGAGAUUCAGCUCGAGGCGCGUGAGGAAGCGCGUGGUCUUCAAGCACGGCGACUGCAACAUCGUCCAGGGCAACGUCGCCAAGCGACGGCGCCGCUAUCUGCAGGAUAUAUUCACAACGCUGGUCGACGCCCAGUGGCGCUGGACGCUCCUGGUCUUCGCUAUGACAUUCCUACUGUCCUGGCUGGGCUUCGCCCUCGUCUGGUGGCUGAUCGUCUACGCCCACGGCGACCUCGACCCGAGGACCACCACCGAGCCCGGCUCCAACGUCACGAUAACACCCUGCGUCGAGGACAUCCACGGAUUCACCAGCUGCUUUUUGUUUUCCGUCGAGACGCAGCACACGAUAGGGUACGGGUCCAAGCACACGACGGAGGAGUGCCCGGAGGCGAUAUUCAUAAUGUGCAUUCAGUCGAUGACCGGGGUGAUACUGCAAGCAUUUAUGGUGGGCAUCGUAUUCGCCAAACUCUCCCGGCCGAAGAAGCGCACCCAGACCCUGUUGUUUUCCCGGAACGCCGUGAUCUGCCUCAGGGACGGCCAGCCCUGUUUGAUGUUUCGCGUGGGUGACAUGAGGAAGAGCCACAUCAUCGAGGCCCACGUGCGCGCACAGAUGAUCAAGAGAAAAGUGACGAGGGAGGGCGAACUGCUGCCCUUUUGCCAGACAGAAUUAAAGGUCGGGGGUGACGGCGAGGAGGACAAAAUAUUUUUCAUCUGGCCGACGACGGUCGUCCACAAGAUCGACGAGCAGUCGCCCCUGUACCACCUGUCGGCGAGCGACAUGCUUCGCGAGCGCUUCGAGAUAAUCGUCCUACUGGAAGGUGUUAUCGAGUCGACGGGCAUGACGACCCAGGCCCGCUCGUCGUAUCUACCCUCGGAGAUAAUGUGGGGCCACAGGUUCGAGCACAUAAUAACCUUUCGCAAGGAGACCGGGGAGUACGAGGUCAACUACACCCUCUUCAACAAUACUUACGAGGUCGACACGCCCCUGUGCUCGGCGGCCGAGCUCGAUCACGUGCGCGCCCUCCAUCGGGCUAAAGGAGAGCGCACGAGCUCGGCGACCUUCGCACCGUACCGGAUCGACUCGAGCAGUUCGUUCACGUCGGGCUCGGGCUCGAGUCUUGCCUCCUCGCUCGGUGGUCUCCAGAUGCACGCCCACGCCGCUACGCCACCUACCCCCAUACCUGUCAUGAUCACCGCCCCCGACGACUCGCCCUCGAGACGCGGCAGUGCCACCGGCAGCUUCACGAUGACCACCGAUCCCCGGAAGAAGUUUGCCACCUUCUACACCCUCGACGAGACGAUCGAGUCAAACGAGCCGGCCGAAGUAGCAAUACCGAUCGAGGUUGCGGAGGAGCUCUCCAACGUGACCGAAGAGGAGGAGGAGGAGGAGGAGGAAACCGAGGUAUCGAGGGCCCUUAUCGAUCGAUCCGAGUACGACAGAGCUGUGGAGGACGUGAACGCCAGUCUCCGGCAUAGUCGGCCGCAGUCCGUGAAAAAUUCAUCAUCAUCGUCAUCGGCAACAGCUGGUGGUUCGAAAAAAAUGUCGAGGGAAGGCUCGCGCACGACUCUGUGCUCGUUGAGGAACGACUCGAGGGGCAACCUCGAGGGCAUGAUGAAAAAGUCACCCUCCCACGCGGCACUGCAGGAACUAAGGCAAGCUAAAGCACCGGCAACGCGACGUCCCAAUGCAACGGCCAGUCAUCCGCCGCAUCACAAUCAUCAUCAUCAUCAUCAUCAUCACCAUCAUCACCAGCAGGAGCAUCACGAGUUGGGGAAGAAAACGAGCUUCCAGCUGGUACCGCCCGAAACGCCCCAGGAGUCCCACGCGGCUAAUCCGAAUAAUUGCAACGCGGCCCGACCCCAGCAGCACCAGCCCAUCAAUAAGCAGCCCGUUUAAGUACCAAACGACGACGAAGGGACCGAGCCUCCCGCCCGAUAGAACCAAAAUUGAGGAAGGAA